UCAAUUUUACAGUAGGAUCACUCCGCUUAGAAUAUGAAGAUUAUACUGAUCGCUUUCGCCCUUGUGGCCACCCUGGCCAAUGCUUCCAAAGUCGACUACACUGGACACAAGGUGAUCCGUGUCGUCCCGCAGACUGAAGAACAACUGCGCUUUUUGUUGGAGUUACAAGAACAGACUUACGAUUUCUGGAGCUCUCCGUCCAGUCUGGGAAAACCGGUUGAUAUCCGCGUCAGCCCUCAAAGAUACCAAUACCUGAUAAGCACUUUGAACAAAGUUGCCCUCAAUCACACUAUUCGAUUCUUUGAUAUUGGCAAACUGAUUGAAGAAGAGGAACGCAAUAUUGUUCUUCGUCGUGCUCUGCAUUCUGGCCGGGCAUUCGACUUUGAAAAUUAUCAUCAAUAUUCAGAGAUCGAGGCUUUCGUAAAUGAACUGGCAGCAACUAACCCUUUGGUUUCGUCUUCGAUUAUCGGCACUACUUACGAAGGUCGUGGUAUCGUCAUGGCUACACUCAGCACUGGUAGCAGCGCUACCAAGCCCGUCAUGUAUUUUGAAUGCGCCAUGCACGCUCGCGAAUGGGUUACACCCGCCACUUGCCUCUGGAUGAUGAAUGAGAUCGCCACUAAAUACGGUACCGAUGCCGAAAUCACUGCUCUGCUGGACUACGCUGAUUGGCUCAUCACCCCCGUCUCAAAUCCAGAUGGUUAUGAAUACACCUGGACCAAGGAUCGCUUGUGGCGCAAAAACCGCACACCGAAUGAGGGACUUUGUUACGGAACGGACCCUAACCGCAAUUUCGACGCUGGAUUCGGAGGACCCGGAGCGUCGGGCAACGCCUGCUCGGACACAUACCACGGCCCGUCCGCCUUCUCGACUGAAGAGGCCUCCGCCUUCCGCGAUGUUUUGGCCGCUAAUAGCGGACGUACCGUUGCCGCCAUUACAAUCCAUUCGUUCAGCCAAUUGUGGAUGUCUCCCUAUGGCUACCAGAACGCCCUGCCUACCGAUUACGCCGAAAUGUUCCGCGUGAUGGAAAUCUCCGUCAACGCUCUGACGGCUACCUACGGUACCCAGUUCAAAUACGGAAAUAUUGCCGAUACAAUCUAUCUCGCAUCCGGCAGCUCUACGGAUUACGCCUACAUGGCUGAAGGUGUUUUGUACGCGUACGCUCUUGAGCUCCGCGACACUGGUGUUUAUGGUUUUGAGUUGCCUCCCGAUCAGAUUUUGGUCACAGCCAUUGAGACUUUUAACGGACUCAAAGCGAUGGCUAAGGAAAUUGCCGCUAAAUUGCAAUAGGUGUGUCGUAACAACGACAGUUGGCUUUUAAUUAUGCAAGCAAUACACGUGUUUUAGACUUCGA